CUGGGGAUGGGGUGGGCAGUGUGAGGAGCGUGGGAUCCUGGGAGGGGCCUCCGUGGAGUUGGGGGGAAGGCGCCCAGAGAUGUCAUUUCUUCUGUGGACUCAUGAAGACCCAGGUGUGCACGCUGCUUCCUCUCAGGAGGGACAGCAUUGAGCGUCUGCCCCCUGGUGGUCAGAGGAGCACCUGGCCUCCCUCCACCCAGUUGUUCUCCUGAAAAUGCAGAGCCUGGGAGAAAGGAAACCUCUAGAUCCAGCUCAGCCACCCACAUCAGGAGUGAGCCAUCCCCUUCUCCAUGCCUCACUUCUGGGGGGUGUGUGUGUGUGUGUCUUGAAGGCGCUGGGACUGGGCACGAGGGGUGCGUUAUAGGCCGGGCACCAUUACAAGCCAGGUACCUGGUGCUGUCACAGGCUCGGAUGGGCACAUGGGGGUACUGUCAAGGCCCAGGCUGAGCCCAGGAGGCCCUGUCCCAGGCCAGACGCCAGCACUGCCCCAGGCUCAGGUCAGGCCCAGGAGCACCAUUCUAGGGAGGCACCUGGCAGUAGUGUCACAUCGUGCCUGGGCGGGGCCUCGCCAAGACCACACCGGCUCCUUUUAUGUGAGCGUCCUGAUGCUGCCCAGCUGGGGGAGCCCCAGCCUUGGAGCAGAGGCCCCCCUGGCUACCCUGAGUAAACAAACCAUGAGUUCUAGAAUCCCUGCACGUUGGAGAUGCCUGUCCCCAGAUCCACGAUGGGGGCCAGCGGCGCCGGGCACCAGCUGUCCAUGGCGUGCGGGCUGGGAGACCUUCACGGCCUCUCAUCUCCAUUAUCUUUUGCCAGAAUUGGGAACCCACUCAUAGUGGAAGAGCCCUGGUUCUGGGGCUGUGGUCAGACCAACCUGUCCUGCAAGAUGGUGAAGGGGAAGCUGGUGGAGGCAGGCAAGUGGCCGUGGCAGGUGAGCAUCCUGUUCAUGGGCAUGUACAUCUGCAGUGGCUCCAUCAUCCACCACCAGUGGGUCCUCACGGCCGCGCACUGCCUGGAGAGGUCCCUGGAUGCCAGCAAAUACUCGGUGAUUGUGGGAGCCCAGCACCUCCCAGCAAAUGGCACUCAGCUCCCCCUCGUUCGACUGGUGACUCACGAGAAUUUCAAGGACCUCAUCUCCGAUGACAUUGCCCUCCUGAAGCUCAAGGACCCCAUCCUCUGGUCACCCUUUGUCCAGCCCAUCUGCCUCCCGACCACCAAGCUCGUGCCACCUAUUGGAGCCUCAUGCUGGGCCAUUGUGUGGGGACGGCCAUCCGUGAAAGUGCCCCCAAGGCCCCCCUACAGUCUUCAGGAAGUUUCUGUCAAGAUAAUAAAAAGUGAGAUCUGCAAUCAGCAGUAUCAGUUCCUCUUCUUGAAGGGCCAGAAGAAGUUCAUCGGGAAAGAUAUGCUGUGUGCCAGCUUAGAAUGGGGCGUAGACUCUUGUCAGGUUAACUCUGGCAGCUCCCUGGUCUGCCAAGUGAACAAGACGUGGGUCCAGAUGGGGGUAGAGAGCUGGAGCUUCAGCUGUAAGCAGCACCACUUCCCCAACAUCUACACCGGCACCUCCCACUUCACCCAAUGGAUCAAGCAGCAGAUCACGGACGUCAAGUUCAUCAGCAGGGCCCACCCUGCCUUCCUGAGCCCCGCCUUGUGCACUGGCUACAUCCUGCUGGUCUCCUUGGGCUCCCUGUGGCUCCUGUGAGCAGCGUUUCCAGGGGUCAUUCUGGGAGCUGGAGCCGAGGCUGCUUCUCCCUGCCCUCUGCCCGCCCUCAG